UGCCCCUUUUGACGCGGCCGUUUCGACCCGGCGGCGCCGGCGGCGGCCGCCGCGGUCGUACGUAAGCUGGCCUCAAGUUCAUGGCCCCACUGGUGGACACGUGUGGCGAGGGCAGUGUGUCGCGCACCACCACACAUCUCAGGAGGCGCACCGCCCCCGCGCGCCGACACGCCGCCCUCCGCGGGGGCGGCUCCGCCACGUCCGGCGCCGUCACUAACGGCUGCAUGACCCCAAAAUGCGACAGGCCGAAGCUCCGCCGGCAGCUGGUGGUGUUCGUCGGGGUGGUGGUGCUCGGCGCGCUGGCUUUGGCGAUCGUGCACGUGUGCUACCAGCUGGCGGCGCGCCACGGCGGCGCCACCGUCGUCCUGGUGCCGCCCAACCCCGAGGUGCCGCAGGCGCCGUCGCCCUCCACCCUGCACCGCUUCUCCAAGGCCGCCGUCUGCUCCGACGCUGCGCCCUGCUCCUCCAUCGGCAGAGAUAUUCUUCUGAAGAAUGGAUCUGUGGUUGAUGCAGCAAUAGCAACUUUGUUUUGCAAUGGAGUUGUGAACUGCCAGAGUAUGGGUCUUGGUGGUGGUUUCCUGAUGACAUUGUACAUAAACAAAACUGCUGUUACGCUCAAUGCUCGUGAAACAGCUCCAGCGCAAGUCCGAGAAGAACUGUACGACGACGAGAGCAAGAGCCAAAUAGGUGCACUAGCAGUUGGUGUUCCUGGAGAGCUGAAAGGGUAUUGGGAGGCAUACAAAAGAUAUGGUAAACUACCUUGGUCUGAUCUGGUGGCACCAGCCAUAGCAGUUUGUGAAAGUGGAUACAACAUGACAAGGCAUCAAGCUGAUUCUCUCAUUUUCAAUGCUGCAGCUGUUAAAUCAGAUCCAACAUUAAGUGAAAUAUUUAUUGAUCCAGCAACUGGGAAGUUCUAUUCAGAAGGUACUCUCAUAAAGCAUAAUAAGCUCUGUGAAACACUAAAAGUGAUCUCAAAAGAGGGUGGAGAUGCGCUGUAUACGGGCAGCUUAGCCGAGAAGUUAGCUGCAGAUAUACAAGCCAGGGGUGGAAUCAUAACUGUUGAUGACCUCAAGAACUACAGGGCUGUGUGGGAGUCACCUGUGACAGCAGAGCUUCAUGGAAAGCAUACCUUAUACAGUGUCCCUCCACCUGGAAGUGGCAUUCUCCUGGCAUUCAUACUGAAUAUCUUAAAUGGGUACAACUUCACAGCGUCAAGUGUUUCAGAUUUAAAUCAAACUAUAACAACAUACCACAGAACAGUUGAAGCUUUUAAAUAUGCUUAUGCACGCAGAACGGAAUUGGGAGAUCCACACUUCCUCAACAUUAGUCAGGUUGUCAACAUGCUGCAGUCAAAGGAAUAUGCAGAGACAGUUAGAAGGAAGAUUAAUGAUACACAAACUUACCAAGAUCCGAAACACUAUGGUGCUGUCUAUUACAACAAGGAUGAUCACGGAACAGCACAUAUAUCAAUAAUAGGACCUAAUGGGGAUGCUGUCUCUGUUACAAGCACUGUGAACAUCUAUUUUGGUGCUGGCGUAGUUUCAAAACAAACUGGAAUUAUACUGAACAGUGUAAUGGAUGAUUUUUCAUUUAGCAAGUAUAAAAACUAUUUUGGACUCCCAGGUUCCCCUGCUAAUGCAGUUAAACCAUGGAAGAGGCCACUGUCAUCCAUGUGCCCAUCAGUUAUUGUUGAUGAAAACAACAAUGUGAAACUUGUCAUUGGAGCUUCUGGUGGAACAAAAAUUACAACUGCUGUGGCAACUGUUAUAAUGCGAUAUCUUUGGUUUGGAGAUAAUAUUAAAGAAGCUGUAGAUGCGAGUAGAAUUCACCAUCAGCUGUACCCAAUGAAGCUGAGUUACGAAUAUGGUGUCCUUGAUCAAGUGAUAAAAGGAUUGGAAAAGCUUGGUCAUCUUACGGAUCGCUAUAAGAGUAGAGGAUCAAUAAUUUGUGCAAUAGCAAAAGAAGCAGAGUAUAUAUUUGCAAAUGCAGACUACAGAAAACGCGGUGAUGUUUUUGGCAUUGAUUGAGUUUGAGAAGAAGCAAGACAAUGGAAACUAUUUAUUCUGUCUCUACUGAAUAACCUGAUGAGAGUUUAGCACAUGUCUCUUUAGUGUGCAUAUUAUGUGAACUAUUAUCAGGUGUUUAAACUAGAUGGCACUAUGUGCUCCAGUAUUCAGACUUUCAUUUCACUAGGUCAUGAAUGGCCUAGUAAAUAAUUAAUAUUGCUUAGGUUUAUUGUUUUCAUCAGUAUUUUAUUGUGUCAACAACAGUGGCUCUACUUUGCACUGGUGUUACAUAAAUGCAGUUAUGAUUUGCAUCUGACUUGUUCAGAGAGCAGAUUUUCAGUGAAUGUUGCUCUGUCCCUGUGGGACACUAUAAGCUUUGUAUGUGUCUGUGUGUAAGAAAUGUUUGUUGCUACUUAUUAAAUUGUAUUUUCUGAUAAGAACAUAAAUCAGUAUUGUUUAAUGUUAAUGCAUAAGCAGUACAGUUGUUCAAAUAUUUAUUUUUUUCAAAAUAAAUUUUUAUUAAACCAG